AUGAUUCCGUUUCAAAGCUUGGGAAAUACGUUGAGAUGGAAAUUCGAGAAAUUUUCGUCAUUGGGAAAAGAAGAGCGAUUCAGUGAUGUAUUUUCAAUUGGUCCAACCAGCUGGAAAAUUGCUGUUUGCAUUGAUAGUUACUUAUCAAUCCGUCUCUACUACGAUUCUGAGAACAAAAAUGAAAAAAAUUGGUUUUGCGAAACCGAAGCUACAUUCAAACUGUUGAGACAAAGUGGAACUGGAAAGAAUAAUGAGAAGAUUUAUUCGAAUGCCUAUAAUUAUUUAAAACUCUCUUCGGGUUAUCCAAAAUUUGAGAGUUGGAACACUGUUUAUCAUUAUGGAUUUCAAAAAAAUGAUUCAAUUAUUGUGGAGAUAAACCUGAACUUCGUAUUUCAUGAUUUCUCGAAGAAAAUCGAUAAUUUUACCGAUAUUAUUGUCAAUGUUGAAAACACUGAAUUCAAUUUGAACAAAGGAGUAAGAAAUUUACUCUUUAAUAAAUAUCAAUGAUUAUUCAAUUUCCAGGUUUUGUGCUCGAAGUCCAAAUAUUUUUAUGAUUUAUUCAUCACUCAAAAAUCAACAGAAAGUGCUGUUAAAUUGGACAAUAUCACAGCAAAAGACUUCUUCUAUGUUUUAAUGCAAUUCAAUCCAAAUCUCAAAAUAAUUAAAGAAAAUAAUGAUUUUGAAACUCUAUUCAAAAUCGCAAAGGAUUUUGGAGUUCAAUCACUUCAUCAAUUAUAUGAGCAAUAUCUUAUUUCGGAUGAAUGCGAUUUCAAAAUUAUUCAAAAAGUCAAAAUAGCCGAAGAGAAUGGUUAUGAGUUUUUGAUGAAAAGUUGCAUCGAAUCAUUGAAAACUGUUGCUGAUGUUAGAAAUGUGCAAAUCGAUGGAUUAUUCUCGGAAUUGAAGGAGACUACGAGAUGGCGUAUUAUGAUGCGUGUUUUGGAUUUUGUUUGA